UCGGCCCGGGGCGGGCGGGGCGCGGCGGGGACGGACGGCGCGGGCCGGGCCGGGCCGGCGGGGAUGAGCCAUGGCCUCGGUGAAGGUGGCCGUGCGGGUACGGCCCAUGAACCGCAGGGAGAAAGACCUCAAUGCAAAGUUUAUUAUUUCGAUGGAAAAAAAUAAAACAACAAUCACAAACUUAAAGGUACCAGAGGGUGCUACUGGAGACACAGGACGAGAAAGAACGAAGACAUUUACCUAUGAUUUUUCCUAUUUCUCAGCAGACAGUAAAAGUCCCAGCUUUGUUUGUCAAGAAAUGGUUUUCAAAAAUCUUGGUAUGGAUGUGCUUAAAUCUGCCUUUGAAGGUUAUAAUGCCUGUGUUUUUGCAUAUGGACAGACUGGAUCUGGGAAGUCCUACACCAUGAUGGGAAAUGCGGGUGAUGCAGGUUUGAUACCUCGAAUUUGUGAAGGAUUGUUCAGCAAAAUAAAUGAAAAAACAAAGCGGAAUGAGGCAUCCUUUCGAACAGAAGUCAGUUAUCUGGAAAUUUAUAAUGAACGUGUGAGAGAUCUUCUUAGAAGGAAGUCAUCAAAAACUAAUAAUUUACGAAUACGAGAACAUCCAAAAGAAGGGCCAUAUGUUGAGGACUUGUCUAAGCAUUUAGUGCAAAAUUAUACUGAUGUAGAGGAACUUAUGGAAGCAGGAAAUAUAAAUAGGACAACGGCUGCAACUGGAAUGAAUGAUGUCAGUAGCAGGUCUCAUGCCAUUUUCACAAUCAACUUCACUCAGGCUCAAUUUGAUUCUGAAAUGCCUUGUGAAACUGUUAGCAAGAUUCAUUUGGUAGAUCUUGCUGGAAGUGAGAGAGCAGAUGCCACUGGUGCCACAGGGGUUAGAUUAAAGGAAGGAGGGAAUAUUAACAAAUCUCUAGUUACUCUGGGAAAUGUAAUUUCUGCCUUAGCUGAUUUAUCUCAGGAUGCAACAAAUCCACUUUCAAAGAAGAAGCAAGUAUUUGUGCCUUACAGGGACUCUGUGUUGACUUGGCUGUUGAAAGAUAGCCUAGGAGGAAACUCUAAAACUAUAAUGAUUGCCACUAUUUCACCUGCUGAUGUCAAUUACGGUGAAACUUUAAGUACACUUCGCUAUGCAAAUAGAGCCAAAAACAUCAUCAACAAGCCUACUAUUAAUGAGGAUCCCAAUGUCAAACUGAUCCGUGAGCUGAGAGCUGAAAUAGCCCGAUUAAAAGCCCUGCUUGCUCAGGGGAAUCAGAUUGCACUUUUGGAUUCUCCGACAGCUUUAAGUAUGGAAGAAAAGCUUCAGCAGAAUGAAGCAAGGGUGCAAGAACUGACCAAAGAGUGGACAAACAAGUGGAAUGAAACUCAAGAUAUUCUGAAAGAACAAACCUUGGCUCUGAGGAAAGAAGGGAUAGGUGUUGUCUUAGAUUCUGAACUGCCUCAUCUCAUUGGCAUUGAUGAUGAUCUUCUCAGUACUGGUAUCAUCUUGUACCACCUGAAGGAGGGCCAAACAUAUGUUGGCAGAGAAGAUGCUAUAACAGAACAGGAUAUUGUUCUUCAUGGCCUUGAUUUGGAAAGUGAGCAUUGCAUCUUUGAAAAUCUCAAUGGCACUGUGAACCUCAUCCCACUGAACGGAGCACAGUGUUCUGUGAAUGGUAUUCAGAUUACAGAGCCCACACACCUCAACCAAGGUGCUGUUAUAUUACUUGGAAGAACCAAUAUGUUUCGCUUUAACCACCCCAAAGAAGCUGCCAAGCUAAGGGAGAAAAGAAAGAGUGGACUGCUGUCUUCCUUCAGCUUGUCUAUGACAGAUCUUUCAAAAUCCUGUGAGAACCUGUCAGCAGUUAUGCUUUAUAAUCCAGGGCUAGAAUUUGAGAGACAACAACGAGAGGAGCUUGAAAAAUUAGAAAGUAAAAGGAAACAAAUAGAAGAGAUGGAAGAAAAAAGAUCUGACAAAGCAGAACUCGUAAGAAUGAAGCAAGAAGUAGAGUCACAGCGGAAAGAGACAGAGAUAGUUCAGCUGCAAAUUCGAAAACAGGAGGAAAGUCUGAAACGGAGAAGUGUUCACAUUGAGAGCAGGUUAAAGGAUUUGCUGGCUGAAAAAGAAAUUGAAGAAGAGAGAUUACGGGAACAACAGGAGAUAGAGCUUCAAAGAAAAAAGCAUCAGGAGAAUUUUUGCCGGGUCAAAGAGGAGUUGCAGCGACUACAAGAGCUUAAUCAUAAUGAAAAAGCAGAGAAAAUGCAGAUUUUUCGUGAACUAGAAAGACUUAAAAGGAAAAAAGAUGAGCAAUAUGUUACGCUGGAGUCAGAAAAAAAAAGACUUGAAGAACAGGAAAGAGAACAGGUGAUGCUUGUGGCUCAUCUAGAGGAACAACUUCGAGAGAAACAGGUCAUGAUAGACCUCCUGAAGAGAGGGGAUGUGCAGAGAGUUGAAGAAGAGAGAAGAGACCUUGAAGAUAUUAGAGAAUCUCUAUUGAAAGUCCAGGAAGCCCGCUCUGAAGGUGAUGAAAACCUAGAGGAUUUAGAAAAAGCACAGCAUGAUUUUGUAGAGUUCAAAAGGAAACAACUGGAACGGUUGACUAUUUUGGAAAAAGAUUUAGUUCAGCAAAUGGAUCACCUAGAAAAGGAAAUAGCAGAUGAAAAAGGAGCUCUGGAGCACUUAAAAUUUGCACAUGAAGAACAUUUAAUCCCAAGGGAGAAUGAUGAAAACUCUGUGGAUCCAUACUGGACUGAAGAAGUUGACAAGAUAAAGCCAGUGGAGUACAGGCUCCAAUCUAAAGUAUGCCAGCUUGAGUACCUGAAGAGUAAUCAUUUGCCAGCUCUGCUGGAAGAAAAACAAAGAGCUUCUGAAGUCCUUGAUAAGGGCUUGUUAGGGUUAGAUAAUACUCUCUAUCAAAUAGAGAAAGAAAUAGAAGAAAAAGAAGAGAAGCUUGCCCAAUAUAGAGCCAGCACAAAUCAGCUGGAGCAGCUUCAAGAAACCUUUGAAUUCACAGCCAAUGUAGCUCGUCAGGAAAAGGUUCGGAAAAAGGAAAAAGAAAUCCUUGAAUCAAGGGAAAAGCAGCAGAGAGAGGCUCUGGAGCAGGCUGUUGCUAAGUUAGAAAGGAGGCAUUCAGCUUUGCAGCGUCGUUCGACGAUAGACUUUGAAAUCGAAGAGCAGAGACAGAAGCUGGCCACCCUGAACAACAGCUGCAGUGAGCAGGCAGGGCUGCAGGCCAGUCUGGAGGCUCAGCAGAAAGCCCUCGAGCAAGACCGAGAACGCCUGGACCAGGAAAUUCAGCAGCUGAAGCAAAAAAUAUACGAGGGUGAUGGUGCUCAGAAAGGAAACCAUGGAACACUGGAAGAGAGACUCUCCCAUAGCACUUCCCCUAGCGGCCCAACAAAGCCACAGCCACCCUCUGCUCCUCUGGUUGAUGACAGGAUAAAUGCCUUUAUUGAACAAGAAGUGCAGAGAAGGCUCCAGAAUAUUCAUCAUAAAGCUGAGGAUAACAAUGUUAGUGUGACCUUGUCUACAGAAAGUUUAAAGGAUAAUGAGAGGCUUAAUAACGACACUGUUCAACGGAAGCUGAAGUAUGAGCGGAUGGUCUGUCGUUCACUGGGAGCAAAUCCAGAUGCUAAGGACCCAAUUAAAAUUAGUAUUCCACGGUAUGUCCUGUGUGGGCAGGGAAAGGAUGAGCACUAUGACUUUUAACUGAAAAUAACAGUCCUGGAUGAGACAUGGACAGUGUUCCGGCGGUACAGUCGCUUUCGAGAAAUGCAUAAAACUUUAAAACUGAAGUACCCAGAGCUUGCCACUUUAGAGUUCCCUCCAAAGAAGCUGUUUGGAAACAAGGAUGAACGAGUGAUUGCAGAACGACGGAGUCACUUAGAGAAAUACCUCAGGAGCUUUUUCUCUGCCAUGCUGAAAUCUCCAUCAUCUCCACUGCACAUCGAUAAGGUGGGGCUGACACUGUCCAAAUACACCAUCUGCGAGUUCUCACCCUUCUUCAGGAAAGGCGUUUUUGACUACAGCAGCCAUGGGACCAGCUGACUUUUGGGCCAGGAUCCUUGCUGGAGAAAUGCAGUCAGAGUGGUGCCUUCACUUCCAUGGUGUGAGAGGAAUGAGAGGAAGGACAAAAAGCUGUUUUCCUCUGUACUUGGAAAAUUGCAUCCAAACAACACCAAAAAGAGAGACAGCUAUACCCCAGUGCUAUCCCAUGUCCUUUACCAGCUCUCAUUUUAGUGCCUGCGUUUUCGUGGCAUGGGAUAUACGGACAUUUUGGUGUGAGUUGUUCUGUUAAUACAGUACAAAGAUUCUGACUCUCCUGAUGAGUUUGGAACCCCUUCUUGGCAGGAGUGCUUCCUUCCCAUUUGCUCAGACAAUUUGUUCUGGUAGUUCGAGAGCAUCUCAUGUUUACCGUGGCAGUGUGUCAUGCUGAUAGAGGGUUUCCGAGCAGCCUUUUGGUUUCUGUCCAAGCUGUUCCUUAAAGAACAGUUUCUCUUUUGUUUCUUUACAGCAUUCUGUCGUGUUUAAGGUAAUGCUCACACUCCACUGUUGUUUCAAUUUCUUUUCCCCUUCCAGAUACACAUUUUAACUAUUUGACUGUAUAAUUGUAUAGUUUCCCUGAGAAGAAUUGAAGGGCCUGGGUAACUUGAAUGUUUACAAAAAUAUAUGCAGCAGAAAGAAUAACCCUGUCAAAGUCUUCCACACUUGGUUGUUUUGAGGCAGAACAAAUCACUCACCAUUAAUGAAGAAGCAGAGGAAGCAAUAGUUACCGAAGAACAUGGUCAGCAUCUUUUCAGAUUUCCUAAUUACUAAGACUGUAAGUGGAAACCCUGCACUGUACAGAACUCAUAGCUAUGCAUAAAGCUUAUGCAAAGUGCUAUAUAUAAUUUUUUUAAAUAGCUUCCUCACAAUAGCUGUAAACCCAAAAUUUUAUUUGCAUCAGUUAAAAUUUGCAGGAUUUGACUAUUAGUACUUUAAAAUUACUCAGGACUCAUUCAGACUUGCACAUGUAUAUAUAGAUAGAAUUAAUUUUAUAUUGCUGCAGAAUCAAAAAUAUCUGUACACUGGAAUUGAUUAUGUGUACAGGUUAAUGUAUAAUUGGUUGUAUAAAAAUCAGAAUUGAAUGACUUCUAGCUAUUAAAAUGCAUAAGGAAAA